UACAUAAUACAUGUGGUUGUGCCCUAUAAAACAAUGAAGAGAAGCUGAAUUCUUAUUUAUAUAAAGCAAAAGGAACGCCCUAUCUGGGCGUGAUAAAAUUAGAAUUUUGAAGAAAAAAAUCAAAAACUAUUUCAUCUUACUUGACAGUGUGGCGGUAGUAUAAACGAAUAUAACAUAAAUCUAAUAAUAAAAUAAAAUCAGUAGAUACGAGUUAGAUUAGUGAUGGUUUCUUAAUUUCCGGUAAAACCUGUCGGUUUUUUAUUCCUUUUCUGGAUUAAACUUAACAUUUUUCGGUUAUAACAUGCUCUACAUGUCAAAAAUCAAGUUUAUGCCGUAAAAAUAACCGAGACAAACGUUUAAGAAACUUGCAACAAGUAUGAUUAAAAAAAGAAAAAAACAACUCUCAGAUUUCCAUUCUGAUGAAUUAAAACUUCUUGAAAUAUCAAUAAUACCUACUAAGUAGGUAAAAAAUUGUUAAUUCGUCCUGAACCCAGCUGAACUUCGGAGUGAUGAUAGGAAGUGGUAUCAGGCUGACAAUAUCAAGUUCUUAAAAUAUUAAUUAUCAUAUAAAAGAAUAGGCCAAUAACAAGCACAGUUUAAUUCUUAGGCUUAUACAAGCUUAAUUAUUCACGUAACACAACACUAAAUAAGCAGUUUCAGCGAUAAGGACGGCUCUAGAAUAAAUACCUGCCAUCCCCGUAAGAUUUAAAAGACACAGCAAAAGUUCAGUUAUUUUUAAUUAUUAUCAAACAAUGGUCAGGUUUUGCUUGAUCAUAUUAGCUGUGACUCUUUGUAGAGCUUCAGCUCAAAAAUUGUUUCCGGACAAUUUCAAAUUUGGAGCAGCUACUGCCGCUUAUCAAAUUGAAGGAGCCUGGGAUGAAGAUGGAAAAGGAAUAAAUAUUUGGGAUACCUUCACACAUACAGCAGGCAAAAUUAGAGACAAUUCCACUGGAGACGUCGCUUCUGACUCUUAUCACAAAUACAAAGAAGAUGUUGCUAUUCUCAAGGACUUGGGUGUCAAGUUAUACAGAUUCUCCAUUUCGUGGUCGAGAAUUAUGCCUGAUGGUCGUCCAUACAGCAUCAAUCAAGCUGGUAUCGAUUACUAUGUCAAUUUGGUUAAGGAACUGAUCGAAAACGAUAUCGAACCAUUUGUCACUUUGUACCAUUGGGACUUGCCCCAAUAUCUUGAAGACCUUGGUGGUUGGUUGAACCCCAGAAUUGCUGAUUAUUUUGGAGAUUACGCUAGGGUCGUUUACACAGCUCUGGGACCUUAUGUCAAUUAUUGGGUUACCAUCAAUGAACCAAGUACUACUUGCGUCCUUGGUUAUGGCCAGGGUAUCCUAGCCCCAGGCAAAACUCUUAUCGGCGACGGAGUCUACCUUUGUGCCCGAAACAGUUUGAAAGCUCACGCUAAGGCCUACAGAAUCUACGAAACCGAAUUUAAACCUCUAUAUAAUGGAAAAGUGACCAUUAAUAUACCGAGUGCCAAUUACUAUCCUAAGACCAACAGCACGUUGGAUGCUGAAGCUGUCGAAAGGGUUUUUGAAUUUGUUGUUGGACUGUUUGCUAAUGCCGUCUUCAAACGCAAUUGGCCCCAAGUAGUCAUCGAUAGAGUAGCUAACAGAAGUAGAUUAGAAGGUUAUUCUUUCUCUAGAUUGCCAGAAUUCUCUGAAGCAGAAAUUGAUUAUAUUUCUGGGACCUAUGAUUAUUUUUCUGUAAAUUUAUACACAAGCGUUAUUGUGGAGUAUAAGGACGAAACGGCAAUUUCGACUCCAUCAUACUUGUUAGAUAUGGGUAUACCCGUUUCAAUAAAUUCCUCAUGGAUCAAAAGUACCGCUUCCUGGCUGAACUCUGACCCACCAGGAACAAGAAACAUUCUCAACUUAAUUCAGAAAAAAUAUAAUCCCUCCGAAAUCGUUAUCAGUGAAAAUGGUUGGGCUGACACUGGGGAUUUGGAUGAUCAGAAAAGAAUUACUUAUUUGAAGGAAUAUUUAACUAAUAUUUUGAGCGCGAUCCUUGAAGAUGGUGUUAACGUCACUGGAUACACAUUAUGGAGUCUUUUGGAUAAUUUUGAAUGGGCUGAUGGAUACUCUCAACGUUUUGGAAUAGUCAACGUUGACUUUGAUAGUCCGUUAAGAAACAGGACAUACAAGAGCUCAGCCGAUUGGUACAAGAGGAUCAUAGAAGCCAGGGCAAUUGUAGACUAAUUAUUGUUUUAUAUAUUAUGAAUAAAGUACUUACAAAGUGCUAAAAGAAAAGCGCAUAAUA